CUCCAUCUCUCUAGCUUGCAUUAUGCAUUAGACUGGGGAAUGAUGACAUGGCGGCUUAUUAAACGUCUGAAAUGUGUUGACAACAGUCAUCUGUGACAUUAACAUAUAUAUACUUACAUGGCAGAUUCAUAGUCCUGCUGAGAGACACCUGUCCGUAACCACCAGAUCAUGAUGACAUUUUGUGAGCAAGUAACUGGCCUGCUUCGUCAGACCACUGUUGAACCCAUUCUAUUUCUGUACAUGUUUGCUACGUUCCUGGAGUUUCCAGUAUCACAAGACCUGAUCUACACGAGGGUGUGUUUGGAAAAGUUCGCCAAUGUAACCUACAUUUGUGAUAACCUUAGCAACAAGACACUGAAGGAAGAAUUAGAAUCAGUUCAGAAAGAAGCAUCCAGCUGGAUAAUGUACCACAAUGUAGCCUACACAGUUCCCGCAGUCGUCUCUGUCACUCUGUUUCUAGGUCCAUGGGGGGACCGUUUGGGCCGCAAGUACCCAAUGAUGCUUACAAUCAUUGGUAACAUGCUGCUGACUGUGUGUAACCUGGUCGUUUCCUCACACACAAAUAUUUCUAUCAAGUAUAUCCUUAUUGGUAAAAUUAUCAAUGGCAUGACAGGAGGAUUUAUCGGAUUGAUGAUGUCGGUCUACAGUUACAUAGGGCAUGUCUCAAGUGCCAAAAACAGGACCAGUCGGGUCGGUGUGGCAGAGGCCAUGAUUUUUUUGUCCGGAACAGCGGGAGUUCUAAUAUCAGGAAUAAUCAUAGACAAGACAAGUUUUAAUUUCGUCUUUUCUUUCAUCUGUGUAAUGCAAUUUUUGGCCUUACUCUACGCUGUGUUUGUGUUGGAGAAUCUCGGACCUUCAGAGGAGCAGACAAACACAUCCAUCUGUUCCUACACCAGACUUUUUUGUAAGGAUUCCUGGAUUUGUGUAUCCAAACAUCGUCCAUGCAACAUGUUUGUUUACCUGGCUAUGGAGAUUUUUGUUCUUGUUAUCCUGAUGAUCUGCACUUCAGGAGAAAAUGACAUUCUUCUUUUAUAUACAAAAUUGCCCCAGUUUGACUGGUCACAGACGAGGUAUGGGUUUUUCAAAGCUGGGGAGAAUUUUGGACGUGGCCUGGCUGUGCUUACCUUACUCCCAUUGCUGCGGUACAAGUUCAACGCCCGUGACACUGUCUUAAUUCUCAUGGGGUUAGUCUCCAAGGGAACUGGAUUAAUACUUCUUGGGCUUGCGUCGCAGUCCUGGCAGUUGUAUCUAGUUCCUGUAAUUAGUGUACUUCAAGGCUUCCCAUCAGCUGGCCUUCGAUCUUCAUUGUCUGGACUGAUGGACACGAAUGAACAAGGUCGCCUGUUUGGACUUGUAGCCAGUGCUGAAAGUAUUGCCAGCCUCAUUGCCACUCUCCUCUUCAACAGUUUAUACUCUGCCACACUGAAAUUGUAUCACGGAUCGUCAUUCUUGCUAGCCUCUGGAUUUGUGGGGAUUGCUUUCAUCAUCAUUAUGUCUCUACACUGCUGUCUUGAUCCAACAAGCCAACGUCAAAGAGACCACUAUGCACCUUUCCAGGAAGAAGAUGAACAAAGUUGUGGAGAACAGAUUCAGAAUACGUAGGGAAUACUGCACUAAGGGAAUAUGGCAAUGUGCUCACCAUGUUGUGUAGGCCAAUCUUUCACUUCCACCCUGUGUUUCCAUUUUAAUUAAACCUUGAUAGCAUCUAAUUUAAUUACUCUUCAGAGUGCUACAAAUGUUUACAUCUUUUCUUUAUAUUUCACUGCCAUGCAUUUCCAUUACUUUGCAAUAUUUUAAUAAUUAUUUGAAAACGUUUACCUUUGUUGUGAUUAUCAAUAAAAAAAAUUUCUACGUUUAAAA